CUUCGCUCCAGGGCCUGGCUUUGCUUUGUCCCGCUUCCCCGUUACGCCAACUCCCAACUCUGGCCGGUGACGUGGCGCUGGCUUAACAUUACCACGGUGACACCCGCUCUCUGGGAGAAUCUCCUUGGCGACGCCCCCCGCUGACACGCCUGUUGUCUCCUUUCAAGGCAGGUGCAUCCUGUGAGUCCUCCAUGCUUGGGAACAUCUACUGCUGCUGCCAGAUAAGCAUAUUUGGUCAACAACUUUCAAGGUUGUCACACGUGGAAUUCUCAAUGUAGUCUACAGUUUGCGAAGGAGCCAAACGUCUUAAGUCGAAGCGGAGAUGGACAUCUACGAGGGCCAACAGGUAGAGCGGAGGAGGAUGUCGGGAGACGCGCAAACCCGAGGGGAGCACUAUGUCCGGCACGAGACUGCGGCACAGCGUUACAGCGCCACCCGGAUCCAGGCGGGACUGGGCCCGGAGAGCAUGGCAGAUUACUUAAUCAGCGGCGGCACUGGCUACGUCCCGGAGGAUGGACUCUCGGCGCAACAGCUCUUCUCCAUCGGUGACGGCCUCACAUACAACAGAUAUGACCAACACUCGGACGGUCAAACGGCUGAAGAGCUAUGCUCUAAAGGAGAUGGGUUGACUUACAAUGACUUCCUGAUUCUGCCCGGCUUCAUUGACUUCACCUCAGAUGAAGUGGAUUUAACAUCAGCGCUGACCAAGAAGAUCACAUUGAAGGCCCCCCUCAUCUCCUCCCCCAUGGACACCGUUACAGAGUCGGCAAUGGCUAUUGCGAUGGCGCUAAUGGGAGGCAUUGGCUUCAUCCACCAUAACUGCACACCGGAAUUCCAAGCUAAUGAGGUCCGCAAGGUCAAGAGAUUCGAGCAAGGUUUCAUCACGGACCCGGUGGUGAUGAGCCCGCACCAGACGGUCGGCGAUGUGCUCGAGGCUAAAAUGCGCCACGGCUUCUCGGGUAUCCCCGUCACCGAAACUGGCAAAAUGGGCGGAAAGCUGGUGGGCAUCGUCACCUCCAGGGAUAUCGACUUCCUCUCAGAGAAGGACCACACCAAGCCCUUGGCGGAGGCAAUGACAAAGAGGGAUGAGCUGGUGGUCGCUCCGGCCGGCGUCACGCUGAAAGAAGCAAACGACAUUCUGCAGCGCAGCAAAAAAGGCAAGCUGCCCAUCGUGAAUGACAACGACGAGCUGGUGGCCAUCAUCGCCAGGACGGAUCUGAAGAAGAACCGCGACUACCCCCUGGCCUCCAAAGACUCGCGCAAGCAGCUGCUGUGCGGCGCCGCCAUCGGCACCCGCGAUGACGACAAGUACCGGCUGGACCUUCUGGUGCAGGCGGGCGUGGACGUGGUGGUGUUGGACUCAUCACAGGGCAACUCAGUGUUUCAGAUCAACAUGAUCAACUACAUCAAGCAGAAAUAUCCAGAAUUGCAAGUGGUGGGAGGAAACGUGGUGACAGCGGCGCAAGCCAAGAAUCUGAUCGAUGCGGGCGUGGACGCGCUGCGGGUGGGCAUGGGCUGCGGCUCCAUCUGCAUAACACAGGAAGUUAUGGCGUGCGGGCGGCCUCAAGGGACCUCUGUGUACAAGGUGGCAGAAUACGCCCGGCGCUUUGGCGUGCCCGUCAUCGCUGACGGCGGCAUCCAGACGGUGGGACAUGUGGUCAAGGCGCUCUCACUGGGAGCAUCCACCGUCAUGAUGGGCUCCCUGCUGGCAGCGACCACCGAGGCUCCCGGCGAAUAUUUCUUCUCGGACGGCGUGCGGCUCAAAAAGUACCGUGGCAUGGGUUCCCUCGAUGCCAUGGAGAAGAGCACCAGCAGCCAAAAACGUUACUUCAGUGAGGGCGAUGCAGUGAAGGUGGCCCAGGGCGUGUCUGGCUCGGUGCAGGACAAGGGUUCCAUCCACAAGUUUGUACCGUACCUCAUAGCCGGUAUCCAACAUGGCUGCCAAGACAUCGGGGCCAAGAGUCUCUCCGUGCUCCGCUCCAUGAUGUACUCUGGCGAGCUCAAGUUUGAGAAGAGAACCAUGUCGGCACAAGUGGAAGGAGGCGUUCAUGGACUUCACUCUUACGAGAAGCGUCUUUACUGAGCUGCGGAUGGGCCACCAUACCACCUUAUUAAAAAAAAAAAAAAAAACAAAA